CCGGUGGUCAUAGCGCAUUCUGCAAGAUGAACCUGGAUACGCUCAACGCGACGCUGCCUGCCGAGGCGCGCGUCCGCUGCGUCGAGCACCCGGUCUUUGGCGUCUCGCUCGUCGCGACCAAGGCCAUCGCUGUCGGCGACCUCGUCUGGGCCGAGGAGGCGGCGCUCGUGCGGCCCGGCUCGUCGCUCCUCGACUACGUCAAGCUGCUGCGCGCCCACGACGCCUCGGCGCUCGCGGCAAUUCUCUCGCAGUUCAUGACGCUCUCGUCCGAGGCCAUCGACUCGGACCCGCUCUUUAGCACCAUCAAGACGUACUGCGACGCGCUCAAGAAGGCCGACCGCACGCUCGUGUGCCAGCUUGUCUCGGCGUUCGAGGUCAACGGCCACGGCCUCAACGGCGAGAUCGCAGGCCUCUUUCCCAUCGCGUCCAAAGCCGCGCACUCGUGCAGCCCCAACGUCGUGUACCGGCCCGUGGGCGCGCAAGGCAUGACCUACACGGCCAUCAAGCCGAUCGCUGCCGGCAGCCUCAUCUUGUACUCGUACAUUGCGCGCGAGAAGCUCGGGUACCCGAGCCACGUGCGCCAGGCCUUUCUGCAGCAAGCCUACUACUUUACGUGCGGCUGCGAUCGCUGCAGCGCGCCCGACGACAUGCGCCCGCUGCCGUGUCCCGCCUGCGCCGCGCCGACGCUUCUCUACAACCCGGUCGUUCCGCAGUGGGCAUGCGCGAGCUGCGCCGUUGUGACGCCCGAGGCGGCGCUCGGCGACGUCGUCGCGGUCGAAGAGGCGAUCGAGAACCAAGUGCUGGCCUUUGAUAUCGACCCGGCCACCGCGACGCCAGACCGUGUCCGACACGUGCUCUCGAUGCUCGAGGCGAUCGCGGCGCCGAACCACUGGGCCGCCAUCUACCUCUGGCGCAUCCUUGUCGAGAUGUCGCUGCCACCAUCUACGGAGCAUAUGGCGCCGCCCCUGCCGAUGGCCACGGUCAAGGCCAUGACCAUGCGCAUCGCGCGCUGGUGCGACCAAGUGCUCGCGAGAUACAACCCCGUCUCGGCGGCGAUGCUCAUCUUUACGUACCGGUCCGUGCUCUACAAGCUCUGCGACCGCGAGCCCCAAGUGCUUGCUUUGCUCACGCGCCUGUACCCGUACUUUCGCCUCAACUUUGGCGCCAACGACGAAGACGUGGUCGAGUGGCGCGGGCUCGUGCUGACGUCGGACGUGGCGGCCGCCGAGCUCUCGCACUGCGCGGCGUGCGCGGCGCCUGGCACUGGCGCGCUUGCGUGCGCGCGCUGCAAGUGCGUGGCGUACUGCUCCAAGGCGUGCCAGGUGCGCGACUGGAAGGACGGGGGCCACAAGGUCGCGUGCCGCCAGCUCUCGGCGCAGUGUUACAUCGUGUCGUAA